AUGAAGAAUCAAAAAAUCUUUGAUUUCUUCAUAAAGAAGAAUGAUGAAUCAACAAGUGAUUUAAAUGGGCCAAAUAACAUAUCGUCUUGUAUUUCAGAACCAGCAUCUACUAAAAGACCAAGACUUGAAAAUGAGACUCUUGAUGAACCGCUUCCGAAUUCGAGUAACAAUUUGCAAUAUGUUUCUUAUCCUGGAAUUCGCAUCCCAAUUUUACAACAUCCCAUUGAACUUCAAGAUGAGGUAAGAAGAGCAUAUAUUGAUAAAGGGCCAAUUCAACCUAUAUAUGAUUAUCCUUUUACUGAAUGUGAAGGUCAAAAGCGUAGAUUCCAAUCUUCUUGGUUUAAAAAAUAUCCUUGGCUUGAAUUUUCUAUUGAGAAACAAAGUGCAUUUUGUUUCCCUUGCUAUGUUUUUGACACUAACUCAGCACAAUUUGACACAUUCACUGUCACGGGAUUUAAAAAUUGGAAAAGAGUUAAUUGUAAAAAUUGUCCAUUCAAGAGACAUGAAGGAGAUGGGAAUUCAAGACAUAGCUUUGCCAUGCGAAAAUGGGGAGAUUUGAAAAAUCUUGAUCAGCAUAUUGAUAGAAGAUUAGAAAAACAAUCUUCUAAGCAAAUUGAGCAAAAUCGGUUGCUCUUAAAGGUGUCCAUAGAAAGUGUGAAGUUUCUUGCUAUGCAAGGUUGUGCUUUUAGGGGUCAUGAUGAAUCAGUUGCCUCUAAAAACCGUGGAAAUUAUUUGGAAUUGGUAGCUUUGUUGGGAAGAAUGAAUCCAGAAAUUGGUAGUACUUUGGAAAAAGCAUCUAAAAAUGCAAAGUACACAUCACCAGAAAUUCAAAGAGAGAUUUUGAAAAUUAUUGCUGAUAUUGUGAGGGAUAAAAUUCGUGCAGAAAUUGGAGAAGCCAAGUUUUGUAUCCUCGUUGAUGAAGCAAUUGAUGAGUCAAGUAAAGAACAAAUGGCUAUCAUUUUAAGAUAUGUUGAUUGGGAUGGGUUCAUUAGAGAACGAUUUUUUGAAGUUGUUCACGUUGAAAAUACAAGUGCAUUAACUUUGAAAAAAGAGAUAUGCAAUGUAUUCAACCAAUACAAUCUAUUAACUAAAAAUCUAAGCGGGCAAGGCUAUGAUGGCGCAAGUAAUAUGCGUGGGGAAUGGAAUGGACUCCAGGCUUUAUUUCUUAAAGAUUCUCCACAUGCUUAUUAUAUUCAUUGUUUUGCUCAUAGACUACAACUUGCUUUAGUUGCAAUUUCUAAAGAGAUCCGAGAUGAUAGAUGGGAAGGAUUUCUUUGGAGUGUGUUGAAGUUUUGUGAAAGCAAUGAUGUUGAGGUGCCAGACUUUGAUGAUUGCUACACACGAGUAAUAGAUUUUCAAUUGAUGGAAUUGAAUGAAAGAUUUCCAGAGGGCACAAUAGAACUUCUUACUCUCAGUAAUGCUUUGAGUCCCAUUGAUGGAUUCAAAUCAUUUUCUCUGCCUGACAUUUGUUCUCUUGUUGAUAAAUUUUACUACUAUGAUUUCAAUCUAGAAGAAAGAGGAGAUUUGGAGAGAGAAUUAGAUCAUUAUAAAUUCGAUACACCGCGUCAUGCGCAGUUUCAGAAUCUUAAUUCUUUGCAUCAUUUGUGCCAAACAUUGGCCAGAACGACAAAGUCAGUUAUCUAUCUUUUGAUUGAUAGGUUGGUUCGAUUGGUUUUGACUCUUCCAGUUUCUACAGCAACUACAGAACAAGCCUUUUUAGGGAUGAAACUCAUUAAGACGCCACUUCGUAAUAAAAUGGAAAAUGACCUUAUGGCCAAUACCAUGGUUGUUUAUAUAGAGAGGGAUAUUGCUUCAGGUAUUGAUACAGAAUUUAUCAUAAACAAAUUUGAUGUAUUGAAAAAUCGCAAAAUACGGCUGAAAUAA